GACAGCACUGUGUUUUUAAAAGAUAACAGGUUACGGGAGAACUUCGUUUAUCGCAAGGAUUUCCAGUAUCGUUUUUUUAAUGUUUAAAUAGCAAAGAUCUAGUCCAAUUAAAUUUAGGAACUUUUGCGAUUGCAGUAUUUUUAAAUCGAAACCAUUUGUGAGUUAUAAUUUUAACUUAUUCAAUCUGAAACAAAAUCUGUGUAAUCGAAACAGUAAAGACAGAGCAUUAAAUUCCUAAUUUGGUAAAAAUUCCCCAUUGGAAGUGUCGUUUUCAUAAUCAUGUCCUGCAAAGAGAUGGAAGAAUUUCAAACCAAGUACAAUAUUAUCGAUGAGAGGCCCCCCUAUAAUACACCAUUGAAGGCACAAUAUAAGCAAGGAUUUGCAUUCUACACCAUGAAAGAGCGGCUUCCAAUCAUCUUAACUCAAGUAAUUGAUAGGCUGUCCAAAGACAAAGAGAAAAUUUUGGAACAUUUCGGCGAGACUGCUCGUGAUGAGCUCAAGAAUGCCAUUGGAGAAAUAUCCAAGCUCAAGUAUGAACUACAGACGGACAAGGAAUUCAAACCGAUCGUUAGUGAACUUGGCGAUGAACAACUAUGGAACGAUUUUAUUGCAUCACUGGGAGAGGAAAAUACGUACUAUUCGACCUGUUGGCUAUACGCAGAAACCUACAUGUACCGACGGUUGAACAACAUUUUCGAGAACACAACUACUUUGAAGAAGCUGGAUUAUUUUCAGCAACAGAACCGUUGUGACCUUUCCAUUACUGCCGGCCAGGAAGUUAAGCUGGACGGUGAUCCAUUCAGUUUGCUCGAGUCCUUGAAUAGCUUCAUCAUCAGCGAUCAUAGCGAUGCCAUCUGGGAUUGUGUCCGAACUUGCAAAGACUCGGCCAUUGACAUUAUAAACGACAAUUCAGGUUACGAACUGUUUACCGAUCUCUGCCUGGCGGAUUUCAUCAUUGAACAUCAACUUGCUACCCGGGUCAAUUUCAACGUAAAAGCCAUCCCGUGGUACAUUUCAGAUGUCACCCCAAAAGAUCUGCAAUGGACGUUGGAUACUCUGGAGACUCACGAAAAUCCGCUGCUUGCAAACUUCGGAAAGCGACUGAAAGCUCGUUUUACCGCGGGAACCUUGAACCUAAAACCCGUAGACAAUUUUUGGACCUCACCUUAUGAGUUCUAUCGAAUGAAGGAGAUUAACCCAAGGUUAUAUCAUGAUCUAUCCCAAUCUGGGCUGUUGAUCUUCAAGGGUGACCUGAACUACCGUAAAUUACUCGGUGAUUUCAACUUCCCCUACACGACGCCGUUCCGGGAAACGUUGCGGGACUUCGUGCCAACCAACCUGUGCACUCUACGCACGGUCAAAGCUGAUCUUAUUAGCGGGAUUGCGGAAGGGCUUUCGGAUGAGCUUUACGCCAAAGACGACCAGUGGAUGGUCACUGGCGAGUACGGAAUCAUUCAGUUCACCCACAAAUAGUUACAGUCGGAAAAUACAAUCAUUAAUGCUCUGGUAGUUUAUUCAACAAACCUUCGCAGGUAUCGUUACGUUUGUUUAGUUAGUUGAAAAUAGUGUUUUCAAAACCAUAUAAAUGGAAUUUCAAGUACUCUCUGUUUGCGUGUCUCUCUUUGUGUUGUUUUGCUAUAUUUUCAGACUAUUUGGUUUUAAAUAAAAUACCAAUAAUAGCAACAGAGAUAAAGUUCAGAAAAUCUGAGAUGUAAAAUAAAUAACUGCUAAGCGUUUUUUGAGUUGAGAACGUGCUACAACGCGAUCUUUGUAUAUCGUCCGUGAUAAGAAUCGAUCCAAAUGUCAAAACAGCACCACGCUGUCAUCACUAGAACACAAUCGUGUCCUGAUCUUCGACGGAAUAGAAAUCCAAACUUUUA